AUUACUAUUAUACUCUUUGGACUAAUUUUUAUCCUACGGGGACGCGGGCGAAGCCGCUGGCAGAAACUAGUUCGAUUAUAAUAACGAUAAAGGAGUGCACACGGUUCUUAUCUUAUCAUUUUUCUUUUUGAGAAUAUCGUUAGUUGUUUAUGAGCGAGCGACCGUGAACAGACAUCAGUAUCAUAAUUUGAUUCAGUCGCCUAGCUCGUCGCGGUCUGUGUCGCACGACUGUUCGCGAGAGUUGUUUCAUUUUAUUAAGUGUUUUAGUGUAUAUCCUCAAGAAUCAUGUCUUCUGAUACCCCAAGAGUAUUAUCUAUUCAAAGCCAUGUAGUACAUGGCUAUGUUGGUAACAAAAGUGCUGUUUUUCCAUUACAGGUGUUAGGUUUUGAAGUAGAUUUCAUAAAUACUGUCCAAUUCUCAACACACACUGCCUACAAACAUAUAAAAGGACAAAGCUUAAAAAAUGAAGAGUUGGAUGAGCUCAUAGAUGGGUUGACUAUGAACGAAGUAGAUUAUUACACUCAUUUCCUAACUGGCUACUCAAGAUCACCUGAUUCAUUGAAGAAAAUUGUAGAAAUUCUUAAAAAGUUAAGGGAAAAGAAUCCUAAGCUAAACUAUGUAUGUGAUCCUGUAAUGGGUGACAAUGGAAAAAUGUACGUGCCUGAAGAUAUUCUCCCAGUAUACCGCGACAUUGUGGUUCCAUUGGCUGACGUCAUCACGCCAAACCAGUUUGAGGCAGAACUGAUCACAGGAAUGAAGAUGAACAGCCUACAAGACGCUUUGAAGAUAAUUGAAGCUCUGCACGAGAAGGGACCUAAGACUGUUGUUCUGUCGAGCACAGAACUUGGAGAUGAGAACUGUAUGAUUGGAAUUGCUAGCACAGCGGGAGUUCAGUUUCAAAUUAAUAUUCCGAAGGUGGACGCCACAUUUACGGGGACUGGUGACUUGUUUGCAUCACUCUUCCUAGCAUGGUGGCACAAGACCAAUAACAACUUAAAACUGACGCUUGAAAACACGAUAUCUACGCUACAGAUUAUUGUCAAAGAUACAUAUCAGAAAGCUAGAGACGUUCAACCCACUGGCAAGAUUCCACCACAACUGAGAGAGUUGCGCAUCAUUCAGAAUAAGAACUUCAUUGAAAACCCAAAGAUCACCAUCAACGCAAUAGAGCUAAGUCCUAAAUGAGUCGAUAUUAGUUCAUUUCUAGCAAAUAUAGGAUGACUAUCCUUACUAAAAUUAUAAAUGGAAAAGUGAGUUUGUUUGUUUGUUCCGCUUUCACGCCGUAACUACUAAACCGAUUGC